AUGGAUGCUCCAUGGACUUCCUUCAUCGUUCAGCUCAUCUUAUUUCUCUUCGUGUUGGAAUCCACAUCUACUUUUAAGCCAUCAGGAACAUGUUUUUUUCCUGAACGCUGGGAAGGAACAUGGUUUCAAUCUGGAGUAAGGCAACCUAUUCUUUUAGAGGGACCUAGGCUCAGUACCAAAGGAAGGUGCCUAAGUUCUGACGGAGAUAAGUUCCUCAUGGUUGAUGAGAAAAGAGCCUGCUACCGUUGCGUUGUGAUCCAUGAGAAGCAUAUAAAUGUAUUACAGUACAAAGAAACUUAUUGCCACAGCAGAGAGGCCCUUCCGACCCUCUGCGCCCUUAUAACCGGAGACGCCCUACUCUACUCGAUGUUCCGCGAGAACGCCUUGCCCAUCCAGUGUCCCUUCCGCGGGCCCUUUUCCUUCACCUACAACACGGGGCAUGGUGAGUGCCGGUCGCCGGUUUCUAGCAUCGAGACCUGCACGGAGGACAGCAAGUUGCUGCUGAGCUACCAGGCGUGUCCGGACGUCGACGCAUCAGAAAGUGCCAUUGAAGAAUUGCAGUGUCUCGCUUCAUGGAAAGAAGGUAGCGCUAGAUACUUAGUAGGAAAACUGCACCAUACCCAUGUUACUUCAAACGAAGACCGGUACAGGUGUUUCAUUUACGAGAAAUCAUCUUCGUCCUUGGAUGAAAUGGAAGAAGAAGUCGAUUUCAAAGUUGCUCAAAGCGGCGAUGCUACUUGCAAUGGCUUGUUCAGUGCUACAGAGGGUAGCAAAACCAUGAUUCUGAAAAAGGCUCCCCAGACGAGCAAAUGCCGUUUUCCAUUCUGGAUAUCGAACUACAACCACUGGCACACUCUGGAUUAUUCGGGGACGUACAGCUUUCAUCACAGAAACUCCACCCUCAGAAUAACUAAUUCUUCUGGCAUGGACAUGAAGGUUGUUUGUAUGCAGCAGAAGCAAUCCACUAGGGAUGAGAAUGUCGUUGUUCUCGUGACGCAUUUCACAAUGGGAUGUCAAAAUGGAUUCAUCUGUAUGUCUCUCUAUAGAAGAGAUUCUCACAUACUGGAGUUGCAGAUGGGUUCCCAAACUAAGCGGAAGGAGGACGCUUGUAAUGAAAAUCACUUUGACAAGAACACCUUACCAUACCUUACAUUAGUUACGACUUCACCAGAAACGCGACCAUGUCCGUACAUCGGCAAAUUCGAGGUCACGAACCUGCUUCGCGUGAAGCAGGAUCAGCAGACCGCUACCAACAAAUUCCCCUCGUUGCCGGACACCCGCUACUUCGACACGAACCUCUAUCUGCGCAAGUCCCUGAGGUCAGUCUACCAAGAUCUCCGUUCGAGGAGGGUGAAACGAGUGGACGACGAAUCCGACUGUGAUAGCGACGGUUUCACCAAUCUCGUCAUCGGCUGUGUCAGCUACGACACCAUGGAGUUCAGGACGGAUUGCGCAGCUCCGGACCUCAUCACAACUUAUUCUUGCCACGGGAGAUGGGAGGAGAACGGCACGAAUUUCCUGAUCACCACCCCGAUCAGCAGGUCUUCACACGGGGCGCGGAGAUACUGUUUCAUUUACAAGGAGGCCCCGUCAGGGGUGCUGUUCUCCACUUCGUCGGAUAGCUGCAAUCGCCUGGUGAAACCAGGCGUAACCGGUGAACUCAUUUUCAAUAUCAGUAGUACAGGAAAAUGUGUAGAGACAAACUCUUCAUGCACCACUUUUGCGGUUAACUGUUGGUUAUGCUGGUCAACAUUAUGUUGUUUGGUGUUGAGAAUACUCAUCCGAAGUUGAUUGAUGAAUUCGUAAGUUAGAAAAAAAAGUGAGACUGUAUUUCAGAUGUAUCGCGGUUGUGUAAUUCAGGGAAAUUUGAAAGUGAGUUUUUAAUAAAUCCGAUAGAGCAUUUCAUAAUAAUCAUCGAUGAAAAAAAUAUAUUGGUUGAUCUUUGGAAGAAGUCCAUGGUAACUCAAAGUGGAGUGGUAUAGUUCAUAGAUGAAAACCCAAAAUCAUCUCCACAACAUUCAUUUUAAUGAUCAAAGAUCAAUCGUAACGGAACAUAUUUUGGGCUUAUAUAAGCCCAUCAUCAGCCAAUAGAAAGUAUCAAAGUUAUGGAAAUGAAAAUAGUAGACAUACAAAUAGUAAAGUUAAUAACAGGGCAAACAGGGAAAUAUGCUCCACCAUUGUCUCUGUGUAAUGAUAUAAAUUCAUUAUAUGUUAUAAACUCAUUUGAACGGUUGAGAGUUGGGUUAAUAUGUUACAAGGGCUCACGUAUCCUUCGAAAAAUCAAAAUAAAAAGUUUGAUUUGAAAUUUGAGCCCGACCCUUAAUUGAACGGUUAAGGGUAAUAGGGUUACAACAUAAUAAAUUUAUAUGAUUUUACAGAGACAAUCAUGGAUUAUAUUUCUCUGUUUGCCCUGUUAUCAACUGUACUAUUCGUAUAUCUACUUUUUUCCAUAACUUUGGUAAUUUCUAUUGGCUGAUUAUGGGCGUAUAUAUACGUCCUAAACAUGUUCCUUUAGGAUUAAUCUUUGAUCAUUCGAAUGCAUGUUGUGGAGAUGACUUUGGGUUUUUAUCUAUGAAAUUCAUUGGUUGAAACAGUGAAUCAGAAUUCCGAAAAACUCCGGAGAAUUAAAUAUUUGAUUUUAACUUCAUAAUUCAAACUCUUUCAUUAUAGUUAUUUAUUACUCUUUAUACUUUUUCACUUCUUUCCAAUUCGAUAUUUCGAUAUCUUCAAGUACUGUUCAGGUGUUAUAUUUCUUUCAAUCUGCUGUUGUUUUCUCAAUAUUAAUUUAUUCCAGCUAUGUCAUUGCAUUAUACAUCAUAGGGAUACUAAAAUGUAUAAUGCAAACAUAAUUAUGGGCCAUCAAUUUUUAAGAAAUGUUACUUCAGUGAACUAUGAUUUACAAAAUUUUUGCAUUUUUUGAUGGUAAAUCGCAAUAAUUUAAUUGAAUCGGAAAAAUUUCAUAUAUAGGGUGUUAUUUGAGUAUGUGGCCAAACUUCAACCGAUAUACAUGUAUGCAUGAUUAUAUCAGACGGAAAAUGUAAACAAACAGAUCCACAGCAUUGCUUCGUUUCAAAGACUCAAUAAGGCGUCAUCUUGAAAAAAAAAACAUUCUCGAUAAUAUUUGACAAAUAUCUUAGUAGGUUAAUUAUUUUAUUUCCGAUUUCGUUGAAAUUUGGAAGUGUUAUUCUGGAUAGUGAAGGGCUAUCUAUAACCGCAACUAUGCAAUCCAUUUUUUCUUUCUUCGCAUUAAACUACUGAACUCACAACCUUUCUUUAAGUUACUAGCUUCAUUUUCUUAUAUUGCUUCGUUUUUGGAAAGAAAUAUAAAAAUUACCUCAUUGCAUGGCUAUUUACAACAAUGAACACAUUUUUCUAUGAUUAUUAAAACACAUAGUUGUCUCACGGAGAUGCAAUCUAGUGAGCCCAUUUUCUACUCUGAAUAACACUGCCAAAUUCUUGAAGUUUGCCUAACUUACCAUUAUGUUCAAGAGAAUUUACUUAUUUUCAAAUUUCCGAAUUUUGUACAUUGAAUCAUGCAAGUAUAUAAUGUUAUACUUUGAACUGUGAUUAAUACAAUAUAGCUCGAUUGUAGAAUAUUAUCUUAUUUAUAUUAGAUUUUCAGAAUAGGUAGAAUAAACUAUUAAGAGUUAAGUGUAAUGACACUUUAAAAACUAAUUGUAAAUAAGUUUAAUCCAUAGUCGAACCGGUGUAGAAUAUUCAAGAUCAAAAUGGAAGCAAUUUUAACCGAAAACAAUAAUCCAGAUCCUGUUGCCUAUUUUACAUAUAUUAUAAUUCUUUGAAUUUCAUACUGGUUUCAAACCCAACUUCAUAUUUGAUUAUUCCAGAUGAAAACUUUUGAGUGAUAUUUUCCUGCAAAUGAUUCAUUCACUAGUGGAAAAAGCAUAUCAAUCAUUCAUUAGUUCCAUAUUGAUAUUGAAUUAAUGUUUUCAAAAGUUAUUUCACAGAUUAUAAAUGAAUAUUAGGUGAAGCAGUCUAUCGAGAUGCUUGCAAUAAAAUAUGUAUUUUUGCACAAACAUUCGCUUGUUUAAAAUAAGGUGAUAUUUUUGGUAACCAGAAGCAAUACUACAGUUAUUUUAUAUUUAUUAUAAAAUGACUCCAAUCUGAAUAGUUAUACUUAUAUUACCUAUAUAUUUGGUUUCUCAUGAGCAAUAAUAUAGAAUAGUUAUAGUUGCAAGUUUUUAUAUAAGAUGAUAUAUAUAGAACCUAAUUAUUUCAAUAUCACUGGUACCCAUUUUCAAUAUCGUCAUCUGAAUAUAUACAUGAUAUUAUGCUAGCAAAUUUAGCAAUAAUAGAAGAUACCUUGUACAUAUUUUUCAAUUUAUCUAUUUACUUAUUGAAUCAAGUAAAGUCUACAUAUUUCGCCAUUGAAUAUUAGUUUCUUAUACAGCAGUGGCGUAGCCAGAGGGGGGAGACAGGAAUUUCCAGUUGAUGAGAAAAACCUAUCUGAAAUCAUUCGACUGAUGAGCAUACAACAAGCUCAGCCCUAAUGAUUAUUCAUCGUAAUAUUCGAAUCGGUACUAAUGAAUUUAUUAUCAUAUAUUACCCCAAACCAAUCGGCGAAUUGUACUUUGGAUGUUUAGACUGAAAUAUAUAUCUAUCUGCUAUUUUAUUAUGGACUCUUGUUCCAUUUUAUUGUCUUCUUCAAUUUGGUAUUUGUUUUUCAAUAAACAAGCCUAUAUAUGCUCAUUCAUCGAUUUUUUUUAUUUGUUCUUACGAAUCACCUAAAAUCAUGUUUGCCCCCUCCCUGAAAUAUAUUUCUGGCUAAGCUACUGAUAUACAGUAAGGUCGUAAAAAGUUUUGCCUCCCCUUCAACAUUAUUUGAACGCAAUUAACAAGCGAACGAGGUCAGAUAAAAUACAGGUAAAAGGGUUACCUUUAUUAAUAUUUAAAUUUUUUUUUUGAAGUUAUGAUAGAUUCCUCACAAUAUUUCGAAACUCCCCAAACAUCAACUAACACUAUACCUAAAUAGUUAUUUUCAUUCCCAACAUUUAUCUGCAACAUAUCAAUGACUUACAAUCUGAUUAAACAAAGGAAUCAUUAAGUCUAAGUCAUAAAAUUUCGAGCAUAAUAUCUCAAAUAUACAGAUAUUGAGAAUAUGAAAUCGCAAAGUAUACUUUCCAUGCAAUGUAACCAAUAACGUUUUUUGAUGAAAUCGUGAUUUCAUUCCAAAAAUGUCACAGAAAUGGUAUAGUGGCGCGGCUCUCCCAAUAUAUCUUAUAUAUUCUAUUCUCUCGCCUUCAUAUCCAUGGACCUAUCAUAUUGUUGAACCAAAUAGAUGAUUUAACUAAUUUCCUCUCAGUUACGUAAUUUUUAAAGAAUUUGUUUCGCCCUGUAUAAGGAUGAUACUACAAGUGAUGAUAUAAAGAGCACAAUAAUAUAAGGCUCAGUUUUCUUUCAUCGAAUUAAGUAUGAAUUUCCUUGUACGUAAACAGAACAGAAAGUCAAAAAUACUAUAUGGGAAGUCAAUUCCACAAAAUUUCCUGUUUUUGUUACUUAUAUUUUUUGAAUACUCAUGUUCGUGAAAUAUGUUCAAAAUCACAUUACAUUCUUCCAUCAGAUACACGUCGGUGAACCAAACACCCUGUAUACCAAGAUCAACAGUUCAGGUUGUAGAAUUGUAGAUAUACCUAAUACUCUCGCUUGAUUCUUGUAUUCAGAAGUCUUGUUUUUUAUCAUUUUUAAUAAACUUCUCACGUCAGUCGUUCUAUUGAUGAUAACUCUCAAGUUUUGUCAUGUAGAAAUAAAACUAAUAUUCUUGUAGAAAUGCAAAUGAGUUGAAAUGCUAUAGUUUUGAUUAUUGUUUCUGAUGGUAUAUAUCUACGAUAGACAUAAGCGAAACAUAUGUUUUGAUGUUUUUGAAAAAGUUCUGGAAAUCUGACGUUUUUUACAUUGUUUCACCACCACAUCUUGAUUUUCAUUCAAGUUAUAGCUGAGUAAAUCAAUAAUAUAAAUUAUGAUGUCUCGGGUCACUAUACAUAUUUUAGAAAAUUUGAAAUAACGAUUACACUCAAAUAUGCGAAUAGCUUGGUCCAUCUACGGCUCAGGUCCAUGCUGAUAUAGGUAGGUUUUCUAAGCAGUAUGCACUAUUAUCUCAAACCAAUUUAAAUACAAUGACAUAAUGAUAAGCGAGACCCCCAUAAGAUUUUACUCCUACCAGUUAAAGCAAGUGUUAUAGCAAAAUGAUGCAACAAUUUUAUAAACAAAUUUUUAUAAAAAAAAUAAUAGGUAUCUAAUAAAGUUGAAUAAUUUACAAACAAGUUGUGCGAUUUGCAAUCAUCGUAAGUGUAAAAUAUGUACAAUUCGUUAAGAAUAUUAGUGGACUAUAGUUUAAUGAUGUAAAGUUAGGAUAAAUCAAUAUUGAAAUUUUAGUGUUGUAUUUAUAGGUAUCUAGUUGGUUCGGUUCUUGAGGCAGUAUUGAAAAAUGCAGCCAAGUUCAUUCCCAUUGUUAAGGAAAAUGUUAUACCCGAUGCCUAUUUUCCAUUCAAUUAUUUAUUACGUCAAUACUAUCAAUUGAAAUCUACGAUAAUUGAUGUUAUCAACAAUUAUUCAUGAAUGAAAAGAUCCUCACAGAAUUUGUUCGAGGUGGAAAUUCAAUUUUUUAAGGAAGACUGUCCAAUUUGGUUUGGUCCAACUUAUAUACAGUGGUAGAUACCAUUCAAUGGCUUACCCCACUCAAUUAAAAUGGUGUUGAAGACGCGUCAUCAAUUUUGUUUUUUGAUGACCCAUAUUUUUCAAUCUUCACCACAUGAAAUGGACGGUUUCAAAACAUGCAUGAGAUACACACAAUUCAUUUUUUCCAAAUCGAAUCAUGACCAAAUCAGACUCUCACUACUGAAAACUAUACUGCUAAACUUCUACAAAAUUUGGUACCUAGUUAUACCAGGAUUUUCAAGAUAAUUGAUGAAAACGAUUUUUGAAAAAUAAAGUUUGACACUCUGUAUCUUGAAAACUAUGCAUUUCCGCCUUCCGGGCCGAAAGUUUAUGUGAAGUUUUGAAAUCGCUCAAAAAAUCACACCAUUAAAUUUUGCCGCAUAGAUACUUUGUUAUUCUACACAUUGUAUAAAAUGAAUGAAUUUGACUGCGUUUUUGGCAGAACGGUGCCUUUGAUAUUUCGGUUGAACUGAAAUCGGUGGUUGAAUGAAAACCAAUCCAGUUGUUGUAUCACCUGUACAUUACUCGAAAUACUCCAUAUAAAAAUUUCAAAAUC